AUGAAUAUGUAUGAGAUGGCAGAAAUCCUGGGCACCUAUCUCAUUCCCACCCUGCCCUCGUCCCCUCCAGACAUCGAGGCACUCAGACUCUACCUACUGCUAAUGGAAUCACCCGUUUUCACCGACCCCUCCCCUGAGCGCUAUGGGACCACCGUGGUUCAGUUUGGACAGGCCUUAUGCAACGUCACCAGUGCAGGGGCCAAAGUCAUUUCCCAGUGGUGGUCGACGCUACAACCGCGUCAUUUGAAUCGUAUCCUGACGACCUACAAGUCUUGCAUGAUGGGACAACUCAGCAGGAAACGUAACACCGCCGACCGACCCAUGCUCCGUAGAAACAUCAAGAUAUGUCUGGAUGUACUCAGCAAACUAUGCAAGAUGAACAAUGAGAACAAUGAAAUUCUUCCGUAUUACCUCUUCUACAUCAAAGAGCUAACGGACAAUGUUGGCAUCCGAGAACAUUUCCUGGAGUGGCUUCAAAGACCGAGCAGCAUGGAGUGUCACGAUGUCAACUUUUGUGAUUAUCCGUUUGUUCUGGAUGCUAACGCCAAGACGCAGUUGCUUAAAGACGAUGCAAUUCUUCAAAUGCAGAAUGCAAUAGAAGACGUUCAGCGACGCAACAGCCAGCGAUUUUUCUUUGAUUCCAUCAACCCCUACCUGGUGCUAACUAUCGUCAGGAAUAACAUCGUCCACAGUACGUUGACAGAGUUGUCUAGACACGGCAGCAUGGACUUCAAGAAACCGUUGAGGGUGAUCUUCACCGGGGAGGAAGGGAUCGAUGCUGGAGGUGUCAAGAAGGAGUUCUUUAUGUUGGUGCUACGGGAAAUUCUCUCGCCCAAGUUUGGAAUGUUCCGGCAUUACAAAGGAACAGAGACAAUCUGGUUCAACAGCAAAUCUUUUGAGGACGGUGAGAUGUUUCGAUUGGUUGGAAUCAUCGUUGGUCUUGCCAUCUAUAAUCUGACUAUUAUAUCGCUGCCAUUCCCCUUGGCUCUCUACAGGAAACUGCUCAACAGACCGACCAAGUCUCUUGAAGAUUUCAAGCAGCUGGAUCCAUUAUUUGCCACAAACCUCCAGAACCUACUAGACAUUGAGGAAGCCGAGGCGCUCCAUGACCUCUGCUUGACCUUUGAGAUCACCAUGGAGAACUAUGGCGAGAUGGAAACGGAUGAGUUGAAACCGGGCGGGGCUGAGCUUGAAGUUACCAUGGAGAACAGGCAAGAGUACGUAGACAGCUACGUAGACUAUGUCUUGAACACCUCUGUGGAGCAACAGUACAGCUUCUUCAGUCAGGGUUUCCUACAUGUCUGUGGGGGGCGGGUCUUCAACUUGUUCCACCCCCAAGAAUUGAUGGACAUGGUGAUCGGAGACGAGCAUUACGACUGGGAUGAAUUUGAAAAGAAUGUGACUUAUAAAGGUGAGUACUACAGACAGCAUCCAACAAUUCGAAUGUUUUGGGACGUCUUCCGUGAGAUGAGUCUUCAAAAGAAAAAGAAGUUUCUUGUGUUUCUGACAGGAACUGACCGAGUCCCCAUCCAGGGGAUGAAGACCUUACAAACCAUCAUCCAGACAGUCAAAGGGGGUGAGGAUUUCUUCCCCGUAGCUCACACGUGCUUCAAUCUGCUAGACUUACCGAUUUACACCGACAAGGCACGGCUGCGAGAAAAGCUCCUCAUGGCUAUCGAGAACACUGAAGGAUUCACGUUGGUCUGAUGGCUUCAAAUUUGUUGAUGUCUGUGGCUUUUGCUUCCAGUUGACGUACAAGUCGCUUCUAAAAGGUGGCCAUCAAGUUGUUACAAUGAAAAUUGAAACCAGAUCCUUGUUACUUGGCCUGUAAAAAGUGGCUGAAAAAAGUGGCCAAAAAAGUACCCACCAAAGUUGCAAACAGAUAGAAGCAAAAUGAUAUCCUGGUCAGUUUGUCAUAAUAAAGUGGCUGCUAAAAUUGGCUACUAAAAUUUGCUACAAAAUUAAUUGCAACCAAAUCCUGGUCUGUUGGCCUCCAAACAGUGGCUGGUAAAAAGUGGGCACCAACAUUUCCCACCAACAUUGCAACAAAAGAACUAAUUUGAAACCCUUGUCAGUUUGCCUUCAAAAUGGGCUGCUAAAAAUGACCAAACUUUCCACAAAAAGAACUGAAACCAACUUCUGGUCAGUUCCUCUCCAAAAUGUGGCUGCUAAAAAUUGGCCACCAAAAGUUGC